AUGGUUCCUCGGCAUCAAAACUCUCGGGCUACUCGCCGACCUAACAUUUGGUUUUUAGCUCAUUCUUCUGUGGUUACUAAUAUUAUUCACUCUUCGGAGCAAGCUAUUAUUGCAGAUUGCAGUUGGCAGACUUUUCAUUUCCGGGUAGCAGUUGUUCAUGGUGCUAAUGAUCAGAUGAUUCGCCGGAAUUUGUGGGCGGAGUUGAUUUCGUAUUCUCAUGGGAAUACUGUGUUUAUUGGAGACUUUAAUGCCGUCAAGGGAGCUCACGAGAGAAUCAGCACGGUUAGGCCUUCGAGGAGUGCUUGCAGGGAUUUUUGUGAUUUUAUCGACGCUACUAAUUUUAUUGAGUCUCCCACGUCGGGCUUACAGUUCACCUGGUCUGGUAGGCGCCUCCUACCUCGGCAUGUUGAGUCUAGACUUGAUCGUGCUCUCUUCUCGGCCAGUUUUGCUGAUAUUUGGAAUGACAUUGUGACGCAUGCUCUUCCCCGUCUAACGUCAGAUCACUCUCAUCUAAUCUUUAAAUGUAAUUCGACUGAUAAUGCUAGUCGCCGUCCGUUUAAAUUUCUGAACAUGUGGGUGUCCCAUCCGAGCUUUCUUGAUAUGGUGAGUGCUUCUUGGUCUGCUGCCGUGGAAACUCGUUGCCCUAUCUACAGAGGUAUGGUCAAGCUCCGCAGGCUUCGCGGUGAUAUUCGUCUCUGGAAUCGUACUACUUUUGGGAACGUUGACAGGCAAAUUCAAGAGGACAUGAUACAACAACACAUCAUUGCUUACUUUUCCACUCUCUUCAACCAUGAUGGGAAUCCUACUGUUGACCGUGUUUUAUUGGAGGCAAUUAUCGAUGAUUGUAUCACUACGGAGCAGAACAACAGUCUUGUCUGCAUUCCUAACGAUGAUGAGAUUACCGCGGCGGUUUUUGGGAUGGACUCGAACAGCGCACCAGGUCCGGAUGAUCUGCGCCCGAUUAUUCUUUCUAAUUUCUUUUUUAAGAUCAUUUCGAAGAUUCUUGCUACUCGUUUGAGUCUGGUGGCGAAGACCACUGUCUCGGGUAAUCAAUUCGGUUUCAUUGGCGACCGUUCUAUCUAUGAUUGUAUUGCGCUGGGUUCUGAGGGUUUUAACUGCAUGAAUCGCACGGGUCGUAAAUCCAACAUGGCUUGCAAGAUUGACAUCAGCAAGGCGUUUGACACUAUGAGCUGGAGUUUUAUUAUUCAGGUGCUUCGGGUCAAUGGUUAUCAUGAGAAGUUUAUUACCUGGAUUUCUAUCAUCUUUCAAUCGGCUCGUAUCUCCAUUUUUUACAAUGGGAAAUUGAGUGGUUAUUUCGCUUGCUCAAGAGGGGUGAGGCAAGGGGACCCCCUCUCGCCAAUUAUUUUUGGCAUUGCGGAGGACGUGCUCAGCCAUCUUUUCAUAAAUUGUGUUAACUCACGACAUCUUGUUCCUAUGGAUUUCAGCCGCGGUGCUCACUUCCCGACUCAUCUGUUUUAUGCAGAUGACAUUUUGAUUUUCUGCAAAGCUUCGUGCAAAAAUGCACGCAAGAUUAAGGAGAUUUUGGACCUUUACGGUGAGAUUUCGGGGCAGAUCUGCAAUACCUCUAAAUCUAAUAUUUUCUUCUCCAAUGGCGUCACCAGCAAUAUGCGUGUGGGUAUCAAACGUGAACUCGGGUUCUCCUUGGGCACGCUUCCGGUUAAUUAUCUUGGUGUGCCGUUGUUUACUGGUCGCAUCCGUGCCUCUUAUCUGGCUGCUAUUCACGACAAAAUUGUGAAUAAAUUCUCCCGUUGGAAAGGUAUGCAUCUCUCCAUGGCCGGGUGCAUUUGCUUGGUUCGGUCGGUGAUUCAAAGUUCUGUGACUCAUUCCAUGAUGAUUUAUCGUUGGCCAAAGUCUUUGAUCCAUAAUCUGGAUAAAUGUUGUCGCAACUUUAUUUGGUCUGGUAGUGUGGAUACUAAACCUUCUUGCUCGGUGAACUGGUCGCGAGUUUGUGCUCCUCGUGUUGAAGGGGGUCUUGGAGUUCGUUCCUUCUCUGCUAUGAAUAGUAGUUUCUUGAUGAAGAUGGCCUGGAGGAUCAUUCAAGGUCAGGAUUAUGGUCCUUCCAUUCUUAAAACGCGUUAUCUCACCAAUUUUGGCUACGCUAAACCCUAUUUGGCUUCCUCUCCUUUUUGGACGAGCAUAAGGCAGCAUGUUGAUGAUCUGGUGGACAACUCUUAUGCGUACAUUGGGACGGGUAGGAAUACUUACUUUUGGAAGGAUGAUUGGCUGGGAUAUAAGUUGUUGGAUAGGCUUCGUAUUCCUCCUUUUAUGCAUAACUUUUUGAAUCAAGCUGUUGAGGAUUAUUAUUAUGAUGGUAUUUGGCAUUUCACAGAGGCGUUUGUUAUUAAUUAUCCGGACGUUGUGGUUGAUAUUCUUUUACUUCCUAUUGGUGAUGAAAGAGAUGCUAGAUUGUGGAAGUCGUCUGUCCAUGGAAAUGUCACGGCGGCCUUAGCCUAUGAUCGGCAAGGGCCUCAUUUUCCUGAGGUUAGAUGGGGACGCUGGAUUUGGGAGAAGUUCAUUCCGGAGAGGCGUUCUUUGAUCUGCUGGUGUAUUAUUCAUAAGCGCCUACCCACGUUCGAUGGUUUGAUGAGGAGGGGUAUGAUGGGGCCGAACAGAUGUGCGGUUUGCGGCAUGGCGGAGGAAAGUAUAAACCACCUGUUCUGGGAGUGUAAUUCGAUUCAGCCUAUCUGGAGGGAGUUCGCGAAUUGGUUUAACAAAGACUACUCUCAUUACAUGGAUAUUCAUUGCGUUCUUGUUGCCGCCUGGAACGAGAACUUCAGUUCGCAGAUCGUCACGGGAUUUCUUAAAGUUAUGUUUAAGGAAAUGGAUUUGAACUUUUCAAAGCUUGGGAACACCAACAAUUCUUGGUCGGAUUAUCUUGUUAUGCGUAGUAUUGGUGUGACGACUAGGGCGGCUCCUCCUCCCACCAUGAUUGAGGUUCACUGGUGGCCAGCCGUUGAUUACUGGGGUCCUUCGCAUUUGGGUGAGCUGGAUCUUUGGUUGGAAGGCGCUGGACUUUUUGUUUGGCUGUUGUUGUCGUUGUUUGCCUGGCUGGUUGCACGGCGGGGGCUGUCAAGCUUGCAUGGUCUCGGCAGCCGGCUGUGGCUGAAUGCUCUUUCUCUCGCUGUGGCUGUUGCCGACUGGUCUUCUCUUCGCAAUGGGAGUCUUGUGCGCGAGCUGCUCUUUGAGGUUUGGUAG